CUUUCAACCUCUCUCCAUUAAUACUCCCUUCUCCAUACAAACCCCAAAGUUAGAAAGAAAAGAGAACCCCUUACCCAUACAAAACAUGAAAACUCAAAAUAUGUAAAACAAAGAGACAAUCUCAUCAGAAUUCAGAAGCAACCCCACAAUUUUUAUUUUUUGUUUUAAAUUUUCUUGCAUUAAGAGCUUUCACUGUCUUCACUCUGAUGAAGAUUCUAAUAUAAGACCCAGCAUGUGCUACUUUCAAUGUUCUCUUUGCUUCUCUUCAAGGGUUGAACUAAUUGGUCUUUGAGUAGUGAACAAGUAUUUCAGUCUGAAUAGUUAAAAAGAAUUGUAAACAAGCUAGCUAGCUAAGGGGGAGCAAGUUUGGAGGCUAUAAAAAGAGGUGCUAGGGUUGCAUAGAGUACUACAACAGCAAAGCUAGCAAGCAAGAAGUUUUUGUUUUGUUUUUGUUCAUCAUCUUCUCCUAUCAGAGUCAUUUUUCUCAAUCAUGGCUUCAUCAAAUAGACACUGGCCUAGCAUGUUUAAGUCCAAACCCUGCAACCAAUGGCAGCAUGACAUCAACUCUUCUCUCAUUCAAAGAGCCCCAUGCAAUCCAGUAGGAGGAGGAUGUGAAGAGAGAAGUCCAGAGCCAAAGCCAAGAUGGAAUCCAAGACCAGAGCAAAUACGCAUACUUGAAGCAAUCUUCAAUUCAGGAAUGGUGAAUCCUCCAAGGGAUGAGAUAAGAAAGAUCCGAGCCAAACUUCAAGAAUAUGGCCAAGUUGGUGAUGCCAAUGUUUUCUACUGGUUCCAAAACAGAAAAUCAAGAAGCAAACACAAGCAGCGCCACCUUCAAAACAAAGCUCAACAAAAUCAUAAUAAUAUCACUAAUUCCCAUGUAGCCAUUACUGCACCAACUUCUUCUUCUUCAUCCUCUGAAAAAUCCUCCCCGAAUUCUACUGGUCAUCACAAGUCUUCUUUAACAUUCUCAAUUGGUUCUGCUAAUGUGAUGGACUUGCUGAAUUCCCCUACUGCUUCAGUCAACCAACAACAACAACAAAACUAUAAUUUCCAGAGUGCUAACAAUGAGUUUUUGAGUACUGAACCCUUCUUUUUCACAGUGCAACCACCAACACCAACUCAUUCUCCUGCUGCUAUCACACAAGGGUUUUGCAUCCCUGACUCAACUGGUUUUUCUCAUGCGUCAGACUCUUCUGGUCAUCUUUUUCUGAGUGAAUGGAUGGGGAUAAGUCAAACACCUUCAAAAAAAGAUGAAGAUGAGAAGAUCAAUUUGCAGUCACAGCUGAAUUACGCUGUUACUUCAGCUCCAACUAACACUCAUAGUACUGUUUUUCCUCUUACUUCUUCCACUAUCCCAACCAUCAGUCACAUUCAAGGGUUGGUGGAGCCAGCCGAUGCGGGUCCCACAAGAUCAACGGUGUUUAUCAACGAUGUUGCUUUUGAGGUUGGGUUGGGAGCCUUCAAUGUAAGGGAAGUAUUUGGUGAUGAUGCGGUUCUCGUUCAUUCCUCCGGUGAACCUCUCAUUACUAAUGAAUGGGGUCUAACCCUUCAGCCACUCCAGCAUGGUGCAUUCUACUACUUGCUUCGUACGUCAACUCCAUCAAACACUAUUGAUUUGAUUUAGAAGAUCGGUUGAUGUGGAAGAGAAAUGGGUAGCUGUCAGUUUCUAUUGUGUUUUGUUUGAUCGUCUUUUGAAGAAAAAA